AUGGCUCCAUUAAAAUGCCUGGCAACUCUCCUCAACCAGAUCCAUCAUCCCUAAAUAAAAAGGUCACAAUGACCAAGGGGUCUUCACCCAAAGGUGACGGGAGGUCUUUGCAUCAAAUGCCAAGGGCACCUGGGACACCCCUGCAUUCCAUGUGUCCUCUCUGUUUGCGAACCUUUGGCAAUAUGUUGUACCUAAACCCCUGUUUGCACAGUUUCUGCUUUUCCUGUACACAGAGCCUGCUGGAAACCCAGGCUGAAUGUCCUGACUGCAAGCAGCCAUUCAGUUCUAUUUUUCACCCUGUAAAGAAGAAAGAGUGUCCUGCAGAGCCCCUAUCCAAAAGAAACAUCAAAGACGAGUCUUCUUCUGCUCCAUCUAAUAAAAAGUAUGUCAGAGAAGAACAUAUGUCCUUAUCUUCCAGAAAGCACAAGGAAAGUGGCCCCUUUUCAGUUUUCAAACCUCAUUCUGAAGAUGACAUCACUUUGUCCUAUGAAGAUCGCACCCGCUCCAGGCCCAAUUUGAAAAGACCUUGCAAGCACUCCUCUUUUAAAUCACCAUCAAAAGACAGUCCACUUCUUAGUGGAUCUGCAAAAUCUGAGGCCCGUCAUGAAUGUUACCAUAUGCAGAUGUUAGGAAAGAAACCAUGUUCUGACCAGAUAUCUUUCAAAUCAAUGUCACAGGAGUCUGUAUUCACGUCUGACCCAGAACUGACCAAAUCUAAUUUUAAGAGACCUUGCAAGCCUUCCUUUUUUAUGUCCACAUCAAAAACUAAUGCACCUCUUAGUGGAUCUUCAGAACCUGAGACUCUCCAGGAAUGCCACCAUUUGCAUGUCUUAGGGAAGAAGUCAAAUUCAGACCAGUUCUCCCCCAACUCAAUGCAGGAUGACAUUGCAUUUGAAUCCAUCCCAGACCUGAGCAAAUUUGUAGAUGAUGAAAUUGACAUGCUUCGUUAUAGAGCACUAUCUGCCAAUUUAUCUAAGCCAAACUUGCUAGAAGCCAUACUUUUUCUUCUCUUAUCAGGAGCUGUAGUAUUUGUAUGUGUUUAUAUCUACUUACAAGUAGUGGUCUUAUAACAGUUAGUUAAAUUUGUUCUGAAAAGUAUCAGUGUCUUGGGGAAGGCCCUGAAUUUGUGGGGAAAGGAGGAACAGUAUUUUUUGACUAAAGAUGCUCUGCUAUGCAGUGUGAUCCACAGCUCCUUCACAUAUUGGACUUGUGUACAUGUAAUGACAGGCAUAGAUAGUAUAUGAUAUUUACUCUUAGUUUAAGCCAUUAUUUACCAGGACCCUGGUUUAUCAAAACAUACAGACCUGAGACAAUGCAUAUUUUAUGCACUGCUUAUGUAAAAUGUCAAAAAUAACUAUUUCUAUGUUUGUCUUCUGCAGUCAAACUGUUGUUGUUAAAAGUCCUGUAGUACUUUGAAAACAAACAUAUUUAUUGUACAGGGAGCUCUUUUGGACUAUAGACCACUUCAACAAAGACAUGGAGAGUUAUUCAGAAUCCCAGGUAAUACAGUAAUAAUGGCCAUGAGGAGAAUAUUAGCAAAUGAGAUCAAAGAGAAAUAAAUAUAGAAAUACUCUAUGUCAAGCUGGAAAGCUAGGGAGUGAAAAUUCUCAUUGGCCUAACUCACUGGGAUUGUAGGGAAUAGGAGGGAAGCUCCACUCCACGAAUGUGAAAACUUCCCUGCUCCAAAUUCUGUCUUGUGGAGAAAAGAGUCUAUAGGGAAUUUGUCGUUCUCUGUGGCAGACCUGAUGAACUGAGACUCUGCCUAGAGAAAUGUUUUCCUGUUUGUCCUUUUGGAGGUCAACUGAAGACCUUCCUCUAUUAGGAAAGCCUUUGGCUGCUGUGUCCUACUCUUUACUAGUUCAAGAUCUUACUAUGGUUUUACUGCUGCCUUUAAAAAAAAACUUUAUUUUUGUUGUUUCAUUGCAGGUCUCAUUUUUAUUUGCACGCCACUAUGAAAUUUUACUGGCAUACUGGCAUAACAUUUUUAAAAGUAAAGCAUGCAGUCUUAUAAUGAAUAGGGAAACCUGAGGUGUGUCACUGCCUGUUUAUUUUUGUUCUCCUGAAAUUCUCCAGUAGGAACCUGCAGACUUGGUCAUGGAGGCAUGUGGAUCCUUAACCUUUCCCCUUUGUUCUGAAAUUCUCAUCAAAAUUAUAUUUCCCUGGCUGUUUUUCUACCAGUUUGGGAAGAGAGGUAUCAUAUGUUUUCCCUUGUGAGUAGUGAAGACAGCUGAUAGGAUUCCCUAAUAGAAAACCUUCUUAACUAGAGAAAACAUACUCUCUCCAUCUGAUGUUGCUUCAAUCAGGUGUGUGUAUAUAUAUACAUGCAUGCACAUGAUACAUGUAGUAAAAAAGCAUCAAGUUAAAAAGAAAUGUGUCUCUCCUGGUAUUUCAUUUAGCCUCAUCCCAAUUCUGUCACCACAACCAUCAUCGUAGAUAUACUUCAUCCUGUGAAUCCAUCCUAAAAAGGCAAAGGAGAUACAUGGAACAACAUGAUUUGUUGCUGGCUGCCUGAGGAGAACAGCUGAACGGUCUGUAGCAAGAUCAUCAUCUCUGCCUACUCCAGCAGGUGCAGCUGCAGCUGGUAGAAGCAACAAGAUAUUAUUGGAGAGGGAAACUCAGAUACACAGGAAUAGGCAGUUCUUUGGUUUCUUGUUUUCUUCUUUAGAGUAUACAGUGAUCUGACCAAAGGAUUUCCCGGAAAACCCACAAAAAACAAAGGAUUUCUGUUUGCCUUUGGCUCAUGGAAAAAUCUUAUAUAAAACUAUAAAGCAUCAGGAAGGUUCCCUCCCCCCA